CUAGUAAUGAAAACUCAUGAUACAUGUAUUCAAUAACGUCAGAGCAUGACGCACAAAAUAAAAAUUGAAGAUUUCUUUAUCUGUCAAGUGCGAAUGAUUCCUCAGUUUGCAGUUGCAUCUUCUACAGGGAGGAAAUCGUCUGAAAAUUUUGUUCACGUCAUUGAAAUACCACGGAUAUUGAAAAUAAAACACCAAUGUAAUCAAGGUGGACGAUAUAGUUUAUAAUAUUAUUUUCUAAUGUCAUCGAAAGUGAUCGAGAACGAAAUCGGUGUUUUAUAUUAAAUUUCUAUAAUUAAUCUCAAUCACGAUGCAUUAGCAAAGAGAAAGAAGAGAAAGAAAAAAAUAAUAUACCGAGUACGAACGUAACAUUUAAUAAUUAAUAUCGUUUUCUCUAAAAACUCUAAAUUACAAUAUUAUAGUUAUUAUAAAGGGAUUAUUUCGUUGGAUCGAAAUUCGGAACAUUUUCAAAAUUAUUUCUUAAUGUAAAGGCAAAAAAAAAAAAAAUAGAAAAUAUUUUAAUUGACAUGGGUGGAAUUAAUCUUGAAUGAUUAUAUGAAAAAAAAAAAAAGAAAAGAAAAAAAAAAUAAAUAAAUAAAUAAAAGUAAAAGAAAAAAGGAAAAAAAAAGAAGAAGGGAAGAACCAAAAGAAAACGGAAACGGAAAAGGAAACGGAAACGGAAACGGAAAAGCGAGAGAGAGAGAGAGAGAGAGAGAGAGAGAGAGAGAGAGAGAGAGAGAGAGAGAGAGAGAGAGAGAGAGAGAGAUAAAAGUAUAAUUACAUAGUCAAUGUUGAUUUCUGAACUUUUCGUCAUUUGCGAUUGGACCUUUCGGAUACGUAUGUAUACAUAUAAAGCGAAAUGAAUGCUGAGUUGAGUUAAAUAAUAUUGAUUAGAUGUAACCGAAGAAAUUUGCAAACGAGAGUGAAGGGAAAGUGAAAGUGAAAGGAGAAGAAAAGAGAGAAAAAAAAAAAGAAAAAGAAAAAAAAAAAGAAGAAAAAAAGGAGAGUGAGGAAAAAACGAGGGUGAAAAAAAAAAAAUGAAUGUGUUACGGUGUAUUAUUAUUUGGAUGACAUUGUGUCUGACGUAUUCUAAGGGAUAUCGAAUACUUGGAAUUUUUCCAUUUCAAGGAAAAAGUCAUUUUGUCAUGUUCGAAGCAUUGAUGAAGAAUCUUGUUAAUAAGGGUCAUCAAAUUGACGCGAUCACUUCGUUUCAUUUGAAAAAGCCAUUCGUUAAUAUUACAGAAUUGGUUGUGAUAACACCGCAAAUGAAAUUGGUCAAUAAUAUAUCGUACGAACAGAUGAAGACGUUACUAACCGGUCUUCCGGUACAAGCGAUUUCUAACAUAGGUGGUAUUGAAGUUUGUGAACAUUUGGGACGUCCGGAAAUUCAAAAAUUAAUACGAAAUCCUCCGAAGAAUCCACCGUACGAUGUCAUUUUGAUGGAGAUUUUUGGUGCUCAUUGUUUUGCCAUAUUCGGACAUCUUUUCAACGUACCAGUGAUCGGUGUCAGUUCGUCUGCUCUUUAUCCAUGGCACAAUCAUAUUAUCGGAAAUCCCGAAAAUUUAGCCAUUCUACCGAAUAAUUUAUUGAACUUUAAGACUCCAAUGAACUUUUGGCAACGAACGUAUAACUUGCUACACACUGCCUUCAACAAAAUAUACUUCAAUCAUUUGACCAAAUAUCAAGAUGAACAAAUAAGAAAGUACGUCGGUCCGAAUUUACCGAGUGUGCGACAAUUGGAAAAGAAUAUUUCCAUGAUUCUGGUGAACUCAUAUUUCACUAUAAAUGGAAUUAGACCAUUAACGCAGGCCCACAUAGAAGUCGGUGGAUUGCAUGUUCAAGAUGAUGGCUCGGAAUUAUCACCUGAGCUACAGAAAUGGUUGGACGAAAGUAAAGAUGGUUUUGUCUAUUUUUCGUUUGGUUCAAUGGUCAAGAUCGAAUCAUUUCCAAGAAAUAUUCUCGAUAUAUUCUAUAAAUCUUUCGAAAGGAUAUCGCCAGUAAAUAUUCUAAUGAAGAUUCCAAAUCCCAAAGAGUUACCACCUGGUUUGCCAAAGAACGUUCACACUUCACCAUGGAUACCGCAAUUGAAAGUUUUACAACAUCCAAACGUGAUGGCAUUUAUUACUCAUGGUGGUCUUAUGGGAACACAGGAGGCCAUUUCCUGCGGCGUUCCAAUGAUCGGAAUACCUUUAUUCGCCGAUCAAUUUAUAAAUAUCGAUAACUAUGUGGAAAAGAAUAUUGCAAUAAAAUUGGAUUGCGAAAAUUUGUCGCAAGAUGCUAUGGAUGCCGCAUUGAACGCCAUCUUGUAUAAUUCCACUUACAGGGAGACGGCACGUAUAAUAGGAAAGAAAUUUUCGGAUAGGCCAUUGAAACCAAUCGACGUAGCUAAUUAUUGGAUUGAUUAUAUCGUGAAAUAUGGACCGGAUGCGCUUCGUUCACCGGUCAUAGAUUUAAAUUGGUGGGAAAUAGCUCUUUUAGAUGUAUAUGCAUUUCUAAUUCUUGUUACAAUUUUCAUCGUUUACAUAACAAUUCGUUUAAUUCAAAUACUUCGGAACAUGGUUUUAUCUAACGCAAAUGUCAAUGUUUCACGCGUAAAGAAAAUGUCAAAGAGCUGCAGAAGGAAAACGAAAAGGAAAGGAGAAGACAGGAAGAAAAAGAAAAAAUAUAUUCGAAGAAAAAUGAAAGUGUUACUAUGCAUUAUAUUUUGGAUGGAUUUAUGUUUAAUGUAUUGUCAGGGAUAUAGAAUUCUUGGAAUAUUUCCAUACUAUGCAAAAAGUCAUUUUGUCAUGUUCGAAACAUUGAUGAAAGGACUAGCUAAGAAUGGGCAUCAGGUCGAUGUCAUUAGUCCGUUUCCAUUGAAAAAGCCAUACGUUAAUUAUAACGAUUUAAUUGUGAUAGAAUCGCAAAUAAAUACAGUCAAUAAUGUAUCGUACGAUAUCGCAAGGAAAAUCUUCACAGUACAUGCGGUGUCAACCAUAAGUGGUAAUCCCGUUUGUGAAUAUCUGGCACAUCCAGAAAUACAAAAACUAAUCCACAAUCCUCCGAAGGAUCCACCCUAUGAAGUCGUACUAAUAGAGAUUCUUGGUGCUCAUUGUUUAGCCAUAUUCGGACAUCUUUUCAACGUACCAGUGAUCGGUAUCAGUACGUGUACUCUUUAUCCAUGGCACAAUCAUAUUAUCGGAAAUCCCGAAAAUUUAGCCAUUCUUCCGAAUAAUUUAUUGAACUUUAACAAUCCAAUGAACUUUUGGCAACGAACGUACAACUUUCUAUACACUGUCUUAAACAAAAUAUACUUCAAUCAUUUGACCAAAGAUCAAGAUGAACAAAUAAGAAAGUACGUCGGUCCGAAUUUACCGAGUGUGCGACAAUUGGAAAAGAAUAUUUCCAUGAUUCUGGUGAACUCAUAUUUCACUAUAAAUGGAAUUAGACCAUUAACGCAGGCCCACAUAGAAGUCGGUGGAUUGCAUGUUCAAGAUGACGGCUCGGAAUUAUCACCUGAGCUACAGAAAUGGUUGGACGAAAGUAAAGAUGGUUUGGUCUAUUUUUCGUUUGGUUCAAUGGUCAAGAUCGAAUCAUUUCCAAGAAAUAUUCUCGAUAUAUUCUAUAAAUCUUUCGAAAGGAUAUCGCCAAUAAAUAUUCUAAUGAAGAUUCCAAAUCCCAAAGAGUUACCACCUGGUUUGCCAAAGAACGUUCACAUUUUGCCGUGGACACCGCAAUUGAAAGUUUUACAACAUCCGAAUGCGAAGGCGUUUAUUACUCACGGUGGUCUUAUGGGAACACAGGAGGCCAUUUCUUGCGGCGUUCCAAUGAUCGGAAUACCUUUAUUCGCCGAUCAAUUUUCAAAUGUCGCUAAUUAUGUUAAGAAGAACAUCGCAAUAAAACUAGACUAUGAAAAUUUAUCGCAAGAUGAUAUGGACGCGGCAUUGAACGCAAUCUUAAAUAAUUCUACAUACAGGAAGGCCGCACGUAAUGUUGCACAACAAUUUUUGGAUAGGCCAUUGAAGCCAAUCGACACCGCUAAUUAUUGGAUUGAAUAUAUCGUGAAAUACGGAUGGGACGCACUCCGUUCACCGGCCAUGGACUUGAAUUGGUGGGAAAACGAUCUUUUAGACGUAUAUACAUUCUUAUUGUUGAUUAUAGUUAUCAUCAUUUACAUAACAAUUCGAUUAAUUAGAAUGUUUCUCAGUAUAAUUUUAUCUAACCCAAAUAUUAACGUUUCACGCAUGAAGAAAAUGUUAUAACAAUCUGAUUUCGGAUUAUAAUAUUUCAAGAUUUUUUAAAACAUAAAUGAAUUUAUUUGGAAAUUUGUUCCUAUCAAUACAUUCAACAGAUGGUUAAUUCGUGGUGAUGUUUGAAAGAACAAUUCGACUUCACGCUGAUAUCAAUGUAUGAAUAAAUUAUAGAUCGAUAAACGAUCUUGUUCAGAAAAAAAAUAAGAUUUUAUCUAUGAUGAA